AUGAGCGAGAAGACCCGUUUGAAGUGUACGGUCUACGUCGGCGGGCUCGACCAAGCGGUGACUGUGCAGACGCUGGCCGAGGCGUUUGUGCCCUUCGGAGAAGUCGUUGAUAUCACGCUUCCGAAACCCGACCUGCCCAACUCCAAUGACGUCCAUCGGGGGUUUGGAUAUGUGGAAUAUGAUCUGCCAGAAGAUGCGAAGGAAGCCAUUGAUAAUAUGGACGGAAGCGAGCUGUAUGGACGUACGAUAAAAGUUGCCCCGGCCAAACCGCAAAAGGAUGCCAAUGAAGGCCUUGGAAGCAAGACGGCUAUCUGGGAGCAGGAGGGCUAUUUAUCCAAAUAUGCUGUGAGUGAAGAAGAUAAACUUGCGACCGAGGAGGCAAGAAUGGAAGACGGCGAGCCUUCUCAAGACCCAAUGCGACGGCUGGAAGAGCUAGACGUUGCAGGCCCCAAGCCCGAAUGA